AUAACAUUUUUGCAAUACCAAGAAGAGAAGUUGUUAAGAAGUACCCUACAUAAACAUCACCACUUGCAGUUGGCGCAGCCAAAAAUGGCUGCUUUUGAUUUCCAUCUCAAUAAAUUGAGUUAAACCAGAACUCACCGACCCUCAUUCACAUCUCUCUUCUCUUUCUCUCUCUACACGUCCAAACCCAUCAAUCAAUCCAAUGGCACUCUUCACCACUCUCUCCAAAGCGGUCUCAUUCCUCGCCAGACCCUCCUCUCUCCUCCUCCACCUGAGAUGUAUGAGCAAUGUCCCCGAAAACACCGUCUACGGCGGACCAAAGCCCCAAAACCCUAACCAGAGAGUCACCCUGACCCAUCUAAGGCAAAAGCACCGCAAGGGCGAGCCUAUAACCAUGGUGACCGCGUAUGACUACCCCUCGGCUGUCCAUCUCGAUACCGCCGGAAUCGACGUGUGCCUAGUCGGCGAUUCCGCCUCCAUGGUGGUCCACGGCCACGACACCACCUUGCCCAUAACCUUAGAUGAGAUGCUCGUGCAUUGCCGCGCGGUGGCUCGCGGGGCCAAGAGACCUCUGCUUAUUGGGGACCUUCCGUUCGGAACAUACGAGUCCAGUGCUCAUCAGGCGGUUGAUACAGCAGUUAGGAUUUUGAAGGAAGGAGGAAUGGAUGCGAUUAAAUUGGAAGGAGGGUCUCCUUCGAGAAUUUCGGCAGCAAAAUCUAUUGUUGAGGCUGGAAUUGCUGUUAUGGGGCAUGUGGGACUUACUCCUCAGGCCAUUAGUGUUCUUGGAGGGUUUAGGCCCCAAGGGAAAAAUGUUGCCAGUGCUGUCCAGGUUGUGGAAACUGCCCUUGCCUUACAGGAAGCUGGGUGUUUUUCUGUCGUUCUGGAAUGCGUUCCUGCACCCGUGGCUGCAGCUGCAACCUCUGCUCUUCGUAUUCCCACAAUUGGCAUUGGAGCUGGGCCUUUCUGCAGUGGGCAGGUCUUGGUUUACCAUGAUCUACUGGGAAUGAUGCAGCAUCCACAUCAUGCAAAGGUUACUUCCCCUAAUGUUACUCCAAAAUUCUGUAAGCAGUAUGCACAUGUCGGAGAUGUCAUCAAUAAAGCUCUUUCGGAGUACAAGGAAGAAGUGACAAAUGGUUCAUUUCCUGGUCCUGUCCACAGCCCGUAUAAAAUUAAUCCUGCUGAUGUUAAUAGUUUCUCGACUGAAUUAGAAAAGCUGGGUUUAAGCAAGGCAGCAUCUGCAGCUGCUGCAGCAGCUGAGAAUAUUAAUACAGCUGAAUCAUCUGAUGGAGGAAGCACUCCAAGUAAUUAAAUAUGGGCCAGCACGAGCACAAUCAAGUUAUGCACUUGCCCUUACUGUUGAAUUUUCUCUUCCCAUUUUGUUUGUUCCUUAAGUUAUAGAUUUGAUUGAAAGAACGGUCAAAUAAUGGCAUUUCAAUGCCUGUUUUGAGCUGUAGAGGCCAAAGCUAACAGCUGAAGGACAUCUUAGUGCGAGUAAUGUAGAUCCUCUGUUCAGGUAUAGGUUGAAAUAAGAAUUUUUUUUUUUGUUCAA